UGCCCGUUUACGUCCUAGAAUUUAAUUUUUUUUCCAUACAGAAUACAUACAAAAACGAAGAAAAAACUACAAACAAAAUUUAAGAAUUAAACACAUUUUAAUGAUAAAUUGUUAUUAAACAAAAUUAAAUAUAAAACCUUAAUAAUCUCUAUUAAAUUGAAUGAUAAGUGCAUCAGCAGCAAAUUGCUGAUUUAACUUGAUAUACAGCCACAAAAUUGAGGGCACUAGCAGUGGUCUUAUAGCUAGCGAUAUGUCUGGCGAUCAAAAAACCCUUCUCAAGGGUCAUCCUUCGCAAUAUGUAAAAUUGAAUGUGGGAGGUCGUUUGUUCUAUACAACAAUUGGCACUCUCACCAAACAUGACACAAUGUUGAGUGCAAUGUUUAGUGGUCGAAUGGAAGUUCUUACAGAUUCAGAGGGUUGGAUACUAGUUGACCGUUGUGGUUCCCAUUUUGGCACCAUACUCAAUUACCUCCGAGAUGGAACAGUGCCACUUCCAGAAUCACACAAAGAAAUAGCCGAACUCUUAGCCGAAGCCAAGUACUACUGCAUAACCGAUUUAGCCAUGUCCUGUGAGCGUGCCCUCUUGAGCAACCAAGAACCCAAGCCCAUUUGUCGCAUCCCGCUGAUCACUUCCCAAAAAGAAGAACAACUCCUGAUAAGUUCAUCAGCCAAGCCAGUAGUCAUACUACUGGUCAACCGCCACAACAACAAAUAUUCCUACACAAGCACUUCGGAUGACAAUUUGCUCAAGAACAUCGAACUGUUUGACAAGCUCUCUCUGCGUUUCAGUGUUCGCAUCCUCUUCAUCAAGGACGUCAUUGGCUCGAGCGAAAUAUGUUGUUGGUCAUUCUACGGUCAUGGCAAGAAAGUUGCCGAAGUCUGCUGUACAUCGAUAGUCUAUGCCACCGACCGAAAGCACACCAAAGUUGAAUUCCCUGAGGCCCGCAUCUAUGAGGAAACAUUGCAGGCGACGUCAUCGUCUCGCGGUGGUGUUGGUGGUUCCGGCAUGCAACAGUAUACCAGUGACGAGGAAGAAGAACGCACUCAUUUGGCACGACUGCGCUCCAAUAAACGCAACAAUCCCACAUGAUUUGCAAAUCAGCUUAAGGUGGGACCCCAAGCUAAGGCGACAAGUCCUCACCAUAAUUAAACUGCACUACCGGUGGCUAACUACUGCCAAAGAAGUGAGCGCAAUUUUCAAAACAAAAAAUCAGAAUUAAUCAAAUCCAUAUAAUUUGCAGUUGUGUAGCAAAACAAAAAAAAGAAAAGAUAAAAUUAACGAUAAAAUUGAAGAGAAUCAACGAAAGCCAUUUCCCAAGUUUCAAAUGCUUUUGAUAAGAAUUUAUUCUCCCGAAUGCCCCCACUCGAUUCCGAACACGAUGACCUACACAUUUUAAAAAUUCUAUUAUUUAUUUUCUUUUUCCCAACUUAUUGUUUAAAUACGAAAGAGAGUUCUCUGAUUGAGUACGAGAGAAAAGAAGAAAAAAAAAAAAACUGACUGAAAUAUUGGACAACUUGUUUUUUUUUUUUUUUUAUUUGUUUAUCCGUAGAUGAUAAUUAUUUUUAUAUAUUAAUUUCACUUGAUGUAUUAAAGUUUGCAUUAUUAAAAAUAAACACCCUGCCUAUAUUGUGUGUGUGUUAAUGCGGAUUUAUCUUAAACUGUUAAAUUAUUUUUUUAUUGUAAUAAAUGUACGAGUAUUGU